UUAGAAAUACAAUACCUACACAUAUGUAAACAGAGGAAAGUAUUAAUUAUUUAUCGCUUCUUAAUCUUGAUAAAAUUUAUGAGAUUGAAUCCGUACGUUUUAUAUUUUAUUUAGGGCCGGCACUGCUCUUAGAUUUGAUAAAAGAAGCCAGUCUGAUUAAACUUCAUUAUUGAAGACGUGGGAAUAACAUUCACAAGUUUUAAAGAUGCAACGAAUUCAGCAAGUUGUCUACAUUUUAUUAUAUUUACAAUUUUUCGUCUGUAACGUGUUUACAUUUAACAUUAAUACAUUAUCGAAAGAAAAAACCGACGAUACAAACGAUAUAGUGUGGAUUAAUGAAUGGAAAUGCAGUUCUGAUAAAGACUGUACGGUAAAAAAUAGUACCUGCAGUAAUCAGUUGUGCCAGUGUGCUUCUGAAUAUAUUUUUAAUGCCGAUAUGACAGCCUGCAUUAAAGUUGCAACAAGAUUAUAUGAUACGUGCGAGGAAACAGUGCAGUGUUCGGCUUAUCUUCUCAGCGGUGCUAAAUGCGUGGAAAAUGUUUGUGUAUGUGGUCCCGGUUAUUACUAUCUACACGGUAGAUGUAACCGAUAUGUCGGUUUAUUCGAGGAAUGCAAAGAAAAUAUCGAUUGUUAUGUGAACGCCGAUUUCGAAGCAAGCACUUGCGACGUAGGAAUUUGUAAAUGUAGUUCUGGCUUUUAUCAGCGCGAAUAUCGCACUUGUCGGAGAGAGGGAAAAGCUGUCGGCGACGAGUGCACAGUUGAUAUCGACUGUACUUUCGACAAUGCAACAUGUAAUCAGUUCGUAUGCGCAAAAUUCAAAUCCGAUGAAGCUGUUGAUUUUUCGUCUGAUAUUAUAUUAACCAAAGGAGUUUUGGAUAAAAGUGCUCGAGUGGGCAGUACUUGUGUAACCGAUGAGGACUGCAAAGCAGUGAAAAAUGCUGUAUGUAGUUCUACUGGAACAUGCCGUUGCAAUCGUGGAUAUUUCGCAUCCGAGACAGAAACCGAAUGUAUCCCAGAACUCGGAGAACCCUGUCAAAGUAACGAUGUCAGCUACAUCGAGAAAUCUAUUUGUCGCGAAGGGAGAUGGAGUUGUACGAAAGGCACAGUUGCAUCGAAUGAUAAUCGCGAAUGUCUUAAUGCGACUAGAGAGUACAGGGGAAAUUGCUACUUGAACGAACAGUGUUAUAUCUUUGGUCCUGAUGCUGUGUGCAAUAACAGUAAAUGUAUAUGCAAUGAGGAUGCUUCCCAUUAUGUAAAGAGUGAACUCUUCUGCUGGGGAAACACAGGGAUCGGCGAGACUUGUAAACAAGACCGAGAUUGUUACGUGAAAGAUUUCAAAGGCAAUUUAACAUGCAAUGGUAUAUGCGGCUGUCCUGAUGGUACACGUUUAAGCAACGACGAAAUGGCCUGUAUAGGACCAACAGAACUUGGAGGAGCUUGCGAAAAUAACAAUGAUUGCGCGAUACCACAUUCCGUUUGUAAGAAAAAAGUGUGCAUCUGUGACAAGAACUAUUACGAAUUACACAAGCAAUGUUUGCCAGGUAUCGAUGCUUAUUGCACGGAUAACCAGGAUUGCACACCAGAAAAUUCUAUGUGUAUCUCAAGUAAAUGUAAUUGUAAACCGAAUUAUGUGUCUGUCUCUAUUAAUUCGUGCAUACCGGUAUCAUUGUUUGGCGAGUCUUGUGAAUUGGACAUUCAAUGUUCCGCCGUUACAACAGGCUCGAUUUGUGCAAUAACUGAUAACAAAAAUGAUACCACAGACAUAAUAGAAUCGUCAACGGUUCCAGUAGAAAAUAAAACGUGUAUCUGUAAGAAAGAAGAUUAUUACAAAUUCGGAAAGUGUUUAAAGAAGAGAUAUCUCGAUGAAACUUGCAUGAAUUUGGGCGAAUGUUACGAAACCUACGAUCACAAUAGAAUCGUUUGCAAAAACGGAAAGUGUUCAUGCAUUUGGGGAUAUAUAAAAUCAAAUGGUAGUAUCUGUGAAAAACAUCCACAAUAUUCAACAUUUUUUUUACCAGAUGGUGCAACUAACGUCGCGUCCACGGGACUUUUUUUAAUCACAUCUCUUUUAUAUUCUCUAGUAAGUUAUUUUAGAUUUGUAAAAAAAGAUUUUUUUGAAAUUUUGUGUCAUAAAAAAAGAUACAAAUAUUUUGUAAAAUAAAUUGUACUUGUAUUUGUCACAAAUAACAUUUUUUUUAUGUAACAGAAAUCGAAAAUUUCUGGCAAACUGUUUCUUAUUACCAAAUAGAACAUUCAAAGUAUUAUAUACAAUAUUAUAGCACCUAUGUUUAUGUAUAUACAGAAAA